GAAUAUUUUUACGAUCAUAUUAAAUUGCAUUUUUAUGUGUGUGCUUUUCUGAAGUGCUCUUCUAUAAUGGCUACGAUAAAGGAUUUACCUACAGAAUUGAUAGACAUCAUUCUUGGCAAUGACAUCAGUAUUGAAGAUGUUAUUAAUUUUAAAUCAACAUGCAGACAAUUUUGGUUGGCACCACCAUACAAAAAGGAUUGGGAAAAAAAGUUUUCGAAGAGAUGGCCUUCUGCGAAAAAACUUCAUGAUAAGAAAUCCAAGGAAAAGCAAGAAUCUGCAAGGAAUGAAAAGAAUAAUGAAGAAAGUUUAAGCUUUAUAGAAGCAGGAACUAAUUGUGUAAAACAAUUACGAAAUGUCGUGUCCAAAUUAAUAAAUAACUGUAAUGAUAGUUAUUUGAUUGAUAAUUUCACAAGUUUUGAGCACGUAUUUCAUUUGAAAGAUAAACAUUUGAAUGACAUGAUUACCAAGCCUGAGAAUUUCAUGACUAGUUCUUUCUUCGUGGAUGAGAUGAAACAUAUGCUUACGCAAUCUCUACGGAGACCUGAUUGCGAUCUGACGAAAAGAUAUUGCAUUAAAAACAUGUUUUGCUAUCUGAGACAACAUUCGACGAGAGAAAAGUGGGAAAUAUUUAAAAAACAACCUCAGAGAGAGCAGCUUUUAGAACGGUGCGCUACUAUUUUUGCCCAAUGGCUUCAACCAGAAAAGGAUAUUUUUUUCUCGAAGGUGAAAACAUCACUAAAUAAUGUAACACAAGGAGCGCUGAAAUGUCUCGCGGAAAAGCAUCCUGAUCAUCCCAUAUUUUUGACAUCCUCUGAGAUUUUUUCCUAUUGGGAAAAUAACAAUAUCGACAAUAAUUAUUGGAACGAAACGGAAGGAACUAAGAUUAUGGAUACACUCCAAGAAUAUAUAUUUGACAAAUUACAUUUUCUACCAAACAAAUCGAAAGACUCUAAAUUGGAAUACAUAUGUAUAGAUAAUGUCCUGGAAAAUAAAUAUGGUCAAAAAAUUAUUUUAUCGAUAAUAUAUCAUAGCGUCGCUAGGAGACUUGGUUUGCGUUGCGACGUAAUUAAAUUGUCUACAUAUACCUUUGAUACUCUUAUCUGUAUAUUUUGGAAACCAAAUUAUACUACUAUUGGCUUAGAAAAUGCAAGAUGUUUCAAUAUAAUAUCUGCCAAAUUUCCGGAUUGUAUUGACAAUAAAUUGUCAUUAUGCAGAAAGUUGUAUCCAGCACACGAAUCCAUUUUAACUAUUCCAGCUGAAGAGAUGAUGCUAGAUAUGCUGGAAAUACUUGUGAAUAUGAAGAACUGGUAUAAUAAAACUUUGAUGAUCAUGCCGCGUGAAAUGAUCAUGUUACACCACUUUACGAAUGAAAAUGUGGUCAUUUUUUUCAUUAAAAAUACAGAACAAUCAAUAAAUACAAGAUCAGAAGAAAAAUUUGCGGUUGGAAUGAUCGUAAAUUGUAAUCAACCUACACUCAAAUGUUUUAAGGGAGUAAUAAUCGGAUGGUGCAGAUAUAUGGAUAGAAAUAAUAUUCACUUUGACACAAGCAAAAUAUUUAAUCCAAUUUUGCCAUUGAAGAUCUAUAGUAAUUUUAGUGCAAUCAAACAACAAACAAAUUAUCUAAUUCUGACUGAAAAAGACGAAAUGUGUUACGCGGGAGAAAAUUCACUGACUUUAACAACUGGACGGAUAGAAAAUAGUGAAAUAGGCCGAUAUUUUUCUAAAUAUGAAGAGACGCAUUACGUACCGAACCAAAACCUGGCAAAAAAAUAUCCGCAAGACGCUGCUGUAACUGCCAAAACAACAAUAUAA